UUCUUCUACCAUUUCUUAAUAUAAUUUUCUUUUUCUUUGCUAUCCCAAUUAGAAUGGGAGAUCUCCCCUUUCCUGAUCAUCUUCUCCUCUUCUGCUUCUUUUUCGUCCUAUUCCUUCUGCCUCAGACCCAACCAACCCUCUUGAGGGAGCACUACAUUUGCCAAGAUGAUCAGAAGACUUCUCUCUUGCAAUUGCAGCAAGAGUCAUUUUCCAACACUUUGUGGAAACAAGAAACGGAUUGUUGCUCAUGGGAAAGCGUCACAUGCAACAUCACCACUGGUUACGUGAUUGGUCUUGACUUGAGUUCCAAGCUUUCAAGACCUAUCUAUUCCAACAGCAGCCUCUUCGGCCUCCAUCAUCUCCAAAGGCUCAAUCUUGCUUACAAUCAAUUUGAACAGACUCCUUUCCCAUCUGGGUUUGAUCGCCUUCCAAGAUUGACCCAUCUCAACUUCUCCGAAACCUGUUUCUCCGGCCAAGUACCCUGGGAAUUCUCACGCCUAACAAGGUUAGUUUCUCUUGAUCUCUCGAGUUGGUUAUGUUAUGAGACUACUGCUAAACUGGAAAGACCAAACCUUAAAGAGUUGAUCCAGAAUCUGACAUCUCUCACGGAACUAUACCUUGAUAGGGUAGACCUCUCUGCACAGGGAAGAGAUUGGUCUCAGGUCUUGCCGCAGUUUCUUCCCAACCUAUGUGCAUUGAGUUUGGUCUCCUGUGGUCUUUCAGGUCCCAUUCACUCUUCUUUCUCGCAGCUUGUUUUCCUUGAGGAGCUCCUACUUAGUGAAAACUAUAUUCUUUCUUUUGAAACACCUAAGUUCUUGGCCGCCAAUUUCUCUCAUUUGAAGACUCUUAGUUUGAGCUCUUGUAGAUUGCAUGGGGAGUUCCCCAACGAUUUUUUUCAUCUACCCAAUCUUCAGGUCCUUCAUGUGAAGGACAAUUCUCUCCUCAAUGGUCAAUUCCCAGAUUUUCUACAUAACAAUGCCUUUCAGGACAUAUCUCUCUCUAACACAAAUUUUUCAGGAGCGAUUCCAGAUUCUAUUGGAAAUCUCACCCACCUAACUUUUUUAGACCUUACAAUGAACCAUUUCAUUGGUUCAAUUCCAUCUUCUCUAGCAAACCUUACCCAUCUAGCCUAUUUGGACCUUUCCUAUAAUAAUUUUACAGGUUCAGUCCCUCCGUUUAAUAAAGACAAUGUCCCAAAUCUUGAACAUUUGGACUUGUCCAACAACCUUCUUGAUGGGACAAUCCAUUCUUCUUUAUUUGCACUUCCUUCAUUGCAGAUGUUACAACUCUCGUAUAAUCAGCUUGAAGGUCGACUUGAAUUGUCUCAUAAUUUAUCUAGUUCAUCAUUGGUAACUAUCGAUUUGGUUGGAAACAAAUUGAAUGGAGAAAUACCAAAAUCAUUUUCUGAAUUCUCUAGUCUUUGGGCUCUGCGUGUGAGUUCCAACAAUUUUAGUGGCACUGUAAAGCUGGACAUGUUUGGAAACCUUGAGAACCUUUUGGAUCUUGAUCUGUCAAACAACCUAUUGUCAGUUGAAGUUGGCAACAAUAGUUCUUCUUUUCAUUUCCAGCUUGUUUCGUUGAGGUUGGGAUCUUGCCACAUAAAAGAAUUCCCGGAGUUCUUGAGAACUCAAGAGUAUUUGCAGUAUUUAGACCUUUCAAACAACCAAAUCCAAGGACAUGUACCUAGUUGGAUAUGGAAGGAGGAUCUUCUUGAGGUGGAUCUUUCUUACAAUGGAAUAGUAGAUUUGGAACCUCCUUUUACGGAUCAUUCAAAUCCUUCCACUCUCAAGUCCUUAUAUUCAUUGACAUUGAUUUCUUGCAAUUUGAGAGCAAUCCCUGAAUUUUUGAAGGACCUAAAUGAACUCAUGUUUCUUGACCUUUCAAAUAACAACAUUUCUGGGAAAUUGCCGAAUUGGAUAUGGAAGGAAAGUUUAUCUGAGUUGAAUCUUUCAUACAACUCUCUAUAUGCUUUUGAGCAACCACUCCUAAAAUUUUCGUCAUGUCCAUUAAGUAGUCUUGAUCUUCGUUGGAACAAGCUACAAGGGUCUAUCCCGAUUCCAUCAUCCACUGUCAGAUUCUUUUCAAUUUCGAACAAUAGCUUUGUUGGAGGAAUCCCUGAGUCAAUAUGCAAAUUGAGUAGCCUAUUAUUGUUUGAUGCCUCUCACAAUAAUUUGAGCGGUUCUAUUCCGGAAUGUCUUGGUAACAUUCGCAGUCUCUCAGUAUUGGAUGUACACGAGAAUAGAUUUCAUGGAAUGCCUCAAAAUUUUGCAAAUGCAAGCAGCCUGAAGACACUCAACAUUAAUGGAAACAUAUUAGAAGGGCAAGUGCCUAGGUCAUUGACUAAUUGCACAUCACUAGAGGUUCUAGACCUUGGGAAGAACAAGUUAUCUGAUACCUUCCCCUUCUGGUUGGGAAAAUUGCCUAGGUGA